CAAAAGACAUCAUAAUGCCCGCGUUGAAAGAGAAUGAUCUGGGACGACUGGCACAAGUCCCUGAAAAGCACCCGGAGAUCGACGCUGCUGAUUGGUGCAAAUUUGUUGAAAGUCGACUAACUCCUGAAUUUCUGGAAUUGAGUAAGGUGCAACGUGAACGUUCCUCAAAAAUUCAAUCCAGACAUCGAAGUGGUCGGAGUGGAAUGGUGAACGUACGGGAAGCUGUGAAAAAGGACCUCGAAGUUGCAGAUCCUCCCCGCCACCGUGUUUGGAUUAAAUCUCGCACCAAGAGUAGAAAACUUGUCACUGAUUACGACAAGGAAAUUGCCGAGAAGAUAGUAAGUAUAUAUUAAUCCUUAAUUGAGUUCUACUCAUGAGUUAGUGUAUAUAAUUCAUAUACUAAUUGCUUGAAUAUAUGCGUGCAUUAGGCUCAAUUAGAGGAGAAGCUUAGUCAGGGACAAAUUCAGGUCCAGGGCCAAAACGAUAUCCUCACGCAGGCGCUCGGGACUCCAGAGCAUCCUGGACGUGUCAGGGCUGCUGGGUAUGCUAUUACUUCAAAUGUUAUUUAUUUAGUUACACAAAUGAAAUCGUUGCUAAUUUGCAUUUUAUGAUUUGUAGGUUCCUGACCAGGGCAUCUCAACUGUUCGGCAGGAAGAAAAGGGAAGUGUCUGAUGUUGUGGCUCGGCAAGCGAAGGAGAUUGAAAAAUUAAAAGCCGAAGUCCAAUCCCUUAAGCAGCAGA